AUGACAUCGAAGACCGAACCACGCGCGGCAGCUCAAGUCUGCGCUAUUCCUGAACUGCUCGAAAACAUCCUUCUCAACGUGGAACCGUUCAAACUCUUCACACUACAAUCGGUCAACAGCACGUUCCAGGAUUUGAUUCAGAACACGAAGUCCUUGAGGCGGCGGAUGUGCCUGGAACCAUCAGUCGAUCGCGAAAAGGUCGCACAACUCUUACAAGAGCCUCGCAUCAGAAAAGUCACCCACCCAUUCAGAAUCUCUUUGCAUCAUGGCAACGAAACGUCGGGGGUUCCUCGGUACUUCAACUUCGAGCUACAAUGUGCGUGGGUGGCCCAGAUGCAGCGCGAGUUGCCAGAUGAGACGACACCUCCUCGCGCGGACCGCUUUGAGUGCAUGGGAGGCGGCAAUUGGCGGAAGAUCAAAAUCGGCGAUCCAGGUGGCUCAACGAUAUCUGCAGAUCUAUCGUGUGAAGAUACUAUGGUCCUGGAGAACACACUUGCCGUGAGCUGCGACGCCGAUCUGGGUUCUGCCACGGCGCGAAUGGUCAAGAAAGUGCAGCGCAGCUGGUUCGACGUCUGCUGUAUGUAUGAUGGUGAUACGGACACAUGA